UCAUGGAUCCUACUAUUUUAUCAUAUAACGGAUGAAACCAACACAACGCACAAGCUCCAGUCCAACCCGGAAAUUCUCCGGUUCCCAUAUUGGGCUAUUAAAUAGGAGGAGCUUUCAACGCUAGAUCAGCACGGCUCCUUCCUAGCACGGGUCAGAAAAACGACCCACCCUGUUUCCGUUCCAAGGCAACAACAGGCAAAUAGAGGCAAUAACGAAAGAAGGAAGAAACGAAAAGAAAAGAAGAGGAGGGCAUCAUCAAAUCGGAAUUAACAGCAGCCAGCCAGCCAGCCAACAACAACAUGAAGUCAGAGGAUCAUUCGGACCUCCUCCGCCACCGCAUCCACCAGAAACGGACGGCCGCCCUCGCCUUCAAGAAGUGGGGUAAACCAGCGGCCUAUUGCGUCCUCCUCCUCCUGUCGUACGUCCUGGGAUACGCAUCCCACUCAAAUCCCAGGAUUUCUCAGCAGGCCAGAGACUUGGUGGACCACAACACCUUCUCCGACAGCAGCCAGUGCUCCGAUCCGUUGCCCCCCGGCCGCGCCCGCAAAACAAUCCUCGACCGGGUCUUCAACGGCACAUCCCCCUGGGACAACUUCCCCCCCGCCCACGCCAAGAAGCUGCUUUUCCAGGAAUGGAAGAAGGGGUGGGGGUCCGAGGGGGCCGUGUUCGAGAACCUCAUCCGCCGGGUGAGGCCCAAGACCAUCGUCGAGGUGGGGACUUUCCUUGGGGCAUCGGCCACGCACAUGGCGGGGUUGACCCGGCGGCUGGGGCUGGAGACCCAGAUUAUAUGCAUAGACGACUUUCGGGGGUGGCCGGGGUACAUCGACCAGAAGAACAGCCUGAAAAUGGUGAACGGGGACGUGCUGCUGCUAUACCAAUUCAUGAAGAACGUGAUGAACGCGAACGCCACCGAGUCGAUAGUGUUCUUGCCGUUCUCGGCGGGGACGGCGCUGCGAGGGUUGUGUGAUUGGGGCGUCUACGGCGACUUAGUGGAAGUGGACGCAGCCCAUGACUUCCACUCGGCCUGGGCGGACAUCAACCUGGCUUACCGGGUCUUGAGGCCCGACGGGGUUCUGUUCGGGCACGACUACUUCAACGACGAGGCCGACUAUGGCGUCAGAAGGGCCGUGGACCUGUUCGCUCGGCUCAACGGUUUCCGCGUCGAUAUUGACGGAGAGCAUUGGGAUACUACAAUUGAAUUUAUGAUUGAUGACAUGACGGGGCUACGAUAGGGGCGUAGUUUUCUAUUCUAUCCCCACGCGCUUUGCUGUAUUGACCGGGUAAAAUGACUGGCUGUCUGUGCUCCGCUGUGCCAGGCCAAGGCCAGCACGUGCCGAGAAGACGACGUUUAAUUAUAUGUAGUUAUGUACCACAAUUCUCACUUCGCACGAAUGGAAAAUUGCUUAAUUUAA